UGUGAGAGGCAGAUAGGCAGCAAGCUUGCGAGAUUGUUAAUAGAAACGGGUAAAUGCGGUAUGCUACCUACGUGGCAUUUGUUUCGUGGAGCCAGUGCUGGGGAUUGCCUGCAAAAUACGUGAACAGUAUUUCUAGCGGUGGACGGAGAAGCUGUUUGAAAGAAAAAUAUCGUGCUGAGCUGCAGAUUUCAAGCCAAGAAUGGGGUGUGCAUCGAUAACGGUCGUUAAGGUAUAGUGACCUUUAGCAAGCUGACUAAUUGCUAUAUCUCAUGGAAAAUUUUCUAAAUUAUCAAGAAAGCAGUGGCGGCAUGUUAAUGCUGGAGACACAGCAGCGUGGUAUUGGGACAAAAACAACUACAGUUACGGUGAGCGACACCUCAGCCGGGGAACCCCCAUCGCCUUUAAUUAAUAUCGGCGGCGCUCGCUUCCACCACCAGCACUCACCGCACUCCCCCGUCCAUCAUCCAGCACUGCAACCGAGGGAUCAGCAUCAUCACCGCCAGCCCCACCAUUUACCGGAGGAUAAUUUACAGGAAGGUGCUGUCAGAAAGCGGUCUUCCUCUUCGAUAAAUCUGUGUCAGGAAGACGCCGCUGCCGCAGGGCAUUCACUUGCAGCAGACUCAGCGUUUGCCGCUGCUGUUUGCACGGAUGGGGUGGAGGCUGAUAUCUGGAAGUGCGGGUAUCUGAGGAAGCAGAAGCACGGUCACAAGAGGUUUUUCGUGUUGAGGGGCCAGAGUCAUGCAGGGCCCAGCCGUUUGGAGUAUUAUGACAGUGAGAAGAAAUUUCGCAAUACCCUGCGCUCUACCGCCGGUGCUGCAAGCGCUGCUGUCCCUCCGAAGAGGGUGAUUUAUAUGUACCAGUGUUUCACAGUUAAUAAGAGGGCUGACGCUAAACACAAGUACCUCAUUGCCCUUUACACUAAGGAUGAAUACUUUGCCAUGGUUGCUGAGAAUGAGCAGGAGCAGACAGACUGGUACCUGGCCUUGAGUGACCUGAUGAAUGAAGGUAAGAAGCGCCCAGUCGACCCAGACGAACUGGAUGAUGGUUAUGGCGUCCUCACUCCCAGCGCUGGUUUUAAGGAGGUGUGGCAGGUGAACGUGAAGCCCAAAGGGUUGGGGCAGACAAAGAACCUGACCGGAGUCUAUCGCCUGUGUCUGUCUGCGAAGAGCAUGCACCUGGUGAAGCUAAACUCGGAGAUGCCGUGUGUGAACCUGCAGCUGAUGAACAUCCGCCGUUGCGGCCACUCGGAGAGCUUCUUCUUUAUUGAGGUGGGGCGCUCAUCCUCCACGGGUCCUGGUGAGAUCUGGAUGCAGGUGGAGGAUUCGGUGGUGGCGCAGAACAUGCAUGAGACCAUCCUAGAAACCAUGAAGGCGCUGAAGGCCUUCGCUGAAUUCCGGCCGCGCAGCAAGAGCCAGUCUUCAGGCUCCAAUCCCAUGGCCUUCAUAACCACCCGCCGUCACCUGGGCAACCUUCCGCCGAGCCAGACGGGACUGCAGCGGCGCUCGCGCACAGAGACUGUGGUAGGGACCCCACCUACCAGCAAGAGCGGCACGGGAAGCAGCGCCUACCGCUUCCGCACCUCCAGCGAGGGCGAGGGCACCAUGAACCGCCCGUUCCGCUCGGCCACCGGCAGCCUGGUGCACAUGGGCUCGGCCCGGGCCAGCCUGGGCCGGCAGGAAGGUGGUAGUGGGACUGGAGGGCGGUACCCCCGGGCUCAGCCUGGCCCCUCCUACCACAUGCGCUCUGCCUCUCUCCCCGUCUCCCACUUUCCCUCCACUAGCAGCCCCGUCAGCGUCUCCAGCAGCAGUGGCCACGGCUCGGCCUCUGACACACUCACGCGGCCCUCCAGCUCCUCUGUCUGCGGCUCGCCCAGCGACGGCGGCUUCAACUCCUCUGACGAGUACGGCUCCAGCCCCUGCGACUUCCGCUACUUCCGCGUCCGCAGCAACACUCCCGAAUCCCUGGGCAACACCCCUCCCAUACAGGAGGAGCACUGCCUCAGCGACUACAUGGCCAUGGACCGCUACUGCAGCCCGCACCCCGACGAGAGGGCCAAUGAGGAGAGGCCCUCGUACUGCCAGACAGUUCCCUCCAGGCCAGCAGGUGGCAGCAGCCUCACUGCAGUGCAGCAGAAGAUGACCCAGACUGCUCGGUUGGACGAGGCAAGCUCUGCCCACUCAUCCUCCCAGAGACCAGACUGUGGGUCAUACUCUGAUGCGUACUGCCAGGCAGAGCUCCCUGCCCUCCCCCAGAACUCCCGCAAUCCUUCUAAGGACGAUGGCUACAUGCCCAUGAUGCCCGGGGUAGUGCCUUCACGUGAAGCGGACUACAUGCCCAUGCUGGCAUCCUCCUCCCCCGCUCAGCCCAGCGGGCCCCUCCAAGCAGACCCGCAGGGCUACAUGAUGAUGCUGCCCCCUGGACGAGCCUCUCCCGCAUGGAGCGCCCCCCUGGAGGGACGCAGGACGCAGCCCGAAAACGACGAGUACAUGGACAUGUCGCGUGGCGGGCCGUCGGAGCGCUGCCAGGCCCAGUGUCCCCCUGACAGCCCCGGCUCCCCCAGUGUGUACUUCUCCCUACCUCGCUCCUACAAGGCCCCUGUGCGCCAGCGCUUACCCGGGACCCCCCCGGCCCUGGUCCCAUCCCCAUCCCCACCCCCACCACCUAUCCCGCAGGACGUGCCCGUCCAGCGCCCCACACGCCUCUCCCUGGGUGGUCAGGGGGGCCAAGCAGCUCCUGACCCCCUGCCGGAGCCCCCCUCCAGCCCCGGCGAAUACAUUAACAUCGAGUUUCGAGCCCGGGCCCCAAAUCUGCCUCGCGGCCCUCCUGCAGAGGCUGCUCCCCAUUCACCCUGCCGCCAUCGCCACUCACCCCUACGGGAGGACUACCUGAGCCUGGACACCAAGGCUCACUGCCCCCGUCUGUCACUCGUAGCCCCCUGGAACCCCCCGAGCUACACUCGCCCCACCAUGUCCACCCAGGCCAGGGUGGAGAGCUGUGAGGAGAUAGGCUGUGGUCCGGCGGCCGGGUCAGAAAGCUCCAGGCCACCCCCCCGGGCUGAGCCCAAGCUGGUGUGCGCCCCACCCCCGGGCAGGCGAAGACACAGCUCUGAGACCUUCUCCUCGGUGGGUGGAGCUGGCAGCAGCACCAGCCCCCCGGCCUUGGCUCUAAACCCCACCCCCUCGACCACGCCCGGUGCCCCGAGCCCCCGCCUGGCGGACAGCGCGAGGUGGCACAGCUCCGCCUCCUUUGACAGCGUCUGGCUGCGUAUGGAGGGUGCGGCCUCGUCCCCUGACCCCGACACUGCCUGCGUCCCCACGGGAAUGGCAUGCCGAAACGGACUCAACUACAUCGCCCUGGACCUGCGGGACACCCCCACUCCGGACCCCCCUUCACCCUCAGUGCUCGCCCCACCGGAGAAUGGGCUGUACGCCAGCAUUGACUUCUCCAGAUCUGAUCACCUGACCACAGCGACCUCCAAAGCAGACUGAAGGAGUUUCCUGGGAAGUGGUUUCUGUACCGCUGGGGGGCGAUUCCCUCUCCACCCUCCUGGCUUGCAUCUUGUUACCCUGAACAAGGGGUCUUGACGAAGAGUGUGGGCUGGGAGUCAGGUGACCCCAUGCUAAUUUCCUGCUCUAAGAUUAUUACACUCCAUACCUCUUCACCUGGACAAAAAAAAGAAAAUAAUCCGCCAAAAUUGAACCUCAUAACUGACUCCUCUCUCAGAUAUAAUCGGCCCUAGGUACGAACUGACCUUACCUGUAUUGCAGCUCUCGGGGCUUUGGUAGGGGGUAGUAGUCUCUUAUACUUCAGUGACAAUGUUCAUCACAUAUCAGACUGCAUUACUGUGGGCUUCUGCUGGGAAGGUUCUGGUGGGUGUGAAGUUUUUAGUUAGAUUAAACUAAUUUGCUGAGGGGCAGAGACUCACAUUCAGUGUUCUUUAAAAUAGGUAUUGAGUGAAAAUGUUGAAGGGCGGUAGCACUCCUGAGAGCAGCCAGCGUUUGGGACUGUUACUGUUUGAACGUCUUCGCACAAGUGUUUGCUUUUUCAUGUAAAGCCACUGUUUUUCUGGCAGAGAGGGGUGUCCCUCAAGUUCACACCGCCCCUCUCUUCAGAAGGUGAGGAGUCUCCCAGUGGUCUGAGGAGCACAGCGCUGAUUUAAUCCCUAUAAUUCGCAUGGGCCAAUAACCCCAGGACAUCCUGUAAUGUGAUUUCUAUGCAUUGUGUGGGUAAUUGCAGCAUAGCAUUCAUACAGGAUAUAAUAAUCCCUGCGUUUCCACCCUCUUUCUGGCAUUCCUGGUUUUUGGACAAAACAUGCCCAUUCAUUUCUAGUGCAGAUUCAUAUAGGCCAAUACCAAGUAGUCUUACCAAAUGUGGCUACCCUUGCAAACAAUCUCAUGUAUUUGCGAUAUUUUUAUCUUCUGAGUGCUUUGAUUAUUUUUUCUUCUAUAAAUAAGCGGUCUCCUUGCUGGGGUGGUUGAGUGUAUGGAAUUAAAAAACACAGAAUCUCUCCAGCAGGGUCUCUACAACAUUUCCCGAUGAGGAGAAAAACCUUUAGUAUACGAACUGCAUUUACAGGGAUGUCAGUUCAUAUGACAAGUAUAAUCUAAGGACUUGAAUAAGCAACUGAAAAACAGUUGGUAAUUUGGUAAUUCAAACUGGAUUGAAAUUACAAGAGUAAUAUGUAAUAAUUACAGUUACAGGACGUCCUGGGGUAAAAUAGGGCCUUAGUGUGUUAAUUGACUUUCACAUAGAAGAGUGCCGUUGGAUUCCUCCACCUCGACUUCAACAAUGCUAGUAGAUGCCACAGUACGUACAGUUCUAGACACACCUGGUGGCCCAACACAUCUUUGGUUUUUCCAUUUUUUAGUUUCCAUUUAUUGUGUACUUUGUGUUAUUUUGUACGAUGCUUUGAAGCGGUACUUAAAUGAUGAAUUUAUUGUACAUUUUUACAGUCAGUCUCCUAUAUGAAGUUCUUUGUCAGGAUAACGUUGUUCCUCUCCGGCUGUAGCUUCAACAGCCAGCUUGAAAAAGCUCAUUUCCUGCAUCAUUCAGCCGCAGCUGCAUGCUACAUCUGUGUCUGCAGCCGCCACACGCAACCAGGUCCACUGUCACCACCUGUCAAAUAAAACACAUGUUUACUGAUAACUGCUGCUGAAAACCAAACUGGUUUUUAUGUGUUUCAUGCAAACUGUGCCAUUCUGUUGUUUCCCUCCUGUCUGUGGGAGGACUGUCUUCUGUCAAGUGUGUCUGUCAGUCUUUCUGUGGUGAGCCUGCUGAAGUGGCACUCCCUCAUGGGGGAGACGUCUAUGGUACUUCCUGUUCAGCCACCGGCCUGCAUGCUACUAUACCCAACUCUACCUUUUUUAUGGAGUUGUUUGGUUUAUUUUUUCUUUCUUUUUACCUGAUAAGGAAAUGUUUUGUCCAAGUAUUGGGGAUCCCUGUACGUCUAUAGUGAUGGUACCCGUAAAAACAGUCAUCGGUACAGAAAGGAAAUCGUUUUUCUUUUUUCUCUCCACUGUGAAUCCUUGUCUUUCUACCACCUGGUCUGUGUAUUGUUUUUCUGUAACAAAGGGCUGUGGUCUAGUGUCAUCAGAUCACUGCCUCAUUUGUUCAGUCAAUGUAUUGUAUAUCUAACAGAAUGUGACUAGGAUACCUGUUUUAUAUCUAUUUUGUUAACAUUCUACCUUUAAAGAAAGUGUUAUGAUUUAAAAUUACAACAGUGAUAAAAGUAAUGGUAAAUAAAAGUUUAUAACAACCUCAUAAUAUAGCUCCAGAUGCUCACUGGUACUGCAUAAAUAUUAUGCAACUUCUAUUUUUGAUGUAGUUUACAGAGGAGAGAUAUUCUCAGUCGUUAGGCAUUGUGUUGGAUUGUUGGACCUUAACAAAAGAAAAUAGUUAAAAAAGGCACUGGGUCAGUUUUCUUUGUGAAUGAGAAAAAGGGAGGGUUUACUUUCAGAAAGCGUGGUUUUGCAGUUUUGUACAUUUCCCUGCACUGUUUUCUAACUCUUACCAUGCGCCAGCUGGCCUGAAGUGUACAUGAGGAUGAGUGCUUUUCCAGUGGUGUCUGAUUGGAGGGAGGAAUGCUUGGGAAAUGGAAAUGUGGAAACGUGCUCUGUAUGUCUGAAGAAAAACAAAAAUAAUAUUAAUGAUAAUAAUCGUUAUUUGAAAUGUACUUGGCUGUGUCUUCCACUGUAAAUAACUCUCGCUGUUUUUCUUGUCAAUUGCGGCAUGUGCCUCUCUAUAUUUUUCCCCAGAGAGAUGGUAGACUCCAGCCAAGGAAUACUGAGCAUUGUACAUAGGGUUUAUAUUUAUGAUUUUUAUUUUUAUUUUUUUUGCUUUCAAUAGAGCUUAUUGCAAUAAAUUGUGUUAUGUAUCUGAA